GCAAUCUUCAGUAUCUAAGGGGGCACUGCUAAUGGUAAUAGAUACGUAGACCGUCGUUUUGAAUCAGAGGUUUCACAGAAGAACACAAUGAUGGCCAAAUCUUUUGCACUCAUUUAUUCGUUCAUUAUUUUUGUGAAAAUUAAUGUCUGUCUUGGAAGUUUCUUCGACAUCCACUACCCAGAUGUAUUUGUGACUGCCGAGCAGGGUGGGAAUCUAACGAUAAGGGCUGGUCCAGAUGGGGGAGACAUCAUUAUGAUCCCCCAGGGGAAUGGCACUGUUUUCAUUGGUCAAACGGAUAUGCUGAAGUUGUUUGAGAUUGUCAACAGCCUUCCGCCAGUGUGGAGCGAGAAGUCACCGCAUGGAACUCUGGGUACUUUUCUUGGUGGAAAAAUGGUGUCUCUGAGUGUGUCUGCCCAGGACCCAGAAAAUGGAAAAGUGACGUAUGAAAAAGUUUCCGGAGCAUUGCCACCUGGUGUUAAUCUUGACAAAAAUACAGGGGUGAUAACCGGUCGUAUUCCAGACGUGGAUGCAACCUACGAAUUCGGUAUUCGGGUGACAGAUAGCCACGGAAAAUAUGCAGAUCAGAUAUUUUCGAUUGAUACAAGAGAGAGAGACCAAUGUUUGAGCACUCCAUGCUUGCACGGGGGAACAUGUAGUGAUGACAUUGAUGACUUUGUUUGCGCAUGCCCAAAACCAUACGGUGGAAAAACCUGUCAGACGAAUUGCGCAUCCAUGGCUAUCGGUAUCGACUUAAACAGGAAGAAAAUCCCAGACGCCCAGAUGUCGUGUCACUAUUGUAGUGGGGAUAGCGCGGGGGUGGAUGGUCGUCUCAACGCCCCUCAGGGUUGGUUAGGAGUUAACACUAACUCUUGGCUACAGGUGGAUUUGGGAAGAGAAAUGGAGCUGCACGCGGUAGCGAAUCAGGGCUACACCUCUUCCGGUUACUACAUCACAAAUUACAAUAUCAAAUACAGCAUGGAUGGAAACACAUUCCUUGACCUCAAAAACGGAACCUCAAAAUUGGACUUCAGCGGGAGUAGCAGUGUGAAUUCCGUCAUCAAACAUUCGUUUCCAACCCCUUUCAAGGCCCGAUUUGUACGGUUCGUCCCCAAAACAUUCCACAGCAAACCAGGAAUGAGAGUAGAACUGUACGGAUGUGAUGUGUGAAAUACGGGACAGUGUCUGAUCAAUUAUAUCACUAAAUAAAGAAUUAACAAACCAAGAA